CCUCAGCAUCUCCGAUACAGCAGUCUCCGAUAGAGUAGUCUCUACAGCAGCGUCUGGUGUCACAGCAACCUUCUGACAUUAACUCCCAUCAGAGACUGACAGGCUGCAGUGGGAAUGCAACGACCAGCUAAGCUGAAAAAGCUGAAGAACAUGGCACGGCCGUGUCACGCGUCUUUGUUGUUUCUGCUCUGCUCCCUCGUUCAGACAAAUGCUUUGAUAACAUGUGGAAGCAACCAGUUCCAGUGUGGGAACGGGAAAUGCAUCACGGUCAGAUGGGUGUGUGACGGCACAGAUGACUGCGGCGACGGCACCGAUGAACUCCCCGGUACCUGCAUGGCCAAAACUUGUAGGCCGACAGAGUUCAGCUGCACGGACCGCCUUAACCAGUGUGUACCGAGCACCUGGCGCUGUGAUGGAAAAGCCGACUGUGAGAAUGGAGCAGAUGAAGACAGCUGUGCGCCGAAGCAGUGCGCAGACACCGAGUUCCGCUGCAGGAACGGCCAGUGCGUGUCGUCCUCCUUCGUGUGUGACGACGAGGCUGACUGUGACGACGGGAGCGACGAGGCCUCGUGCCCGGUCGCCAGCUGCAGCCCAGGGUCCUUCCAGUGCAACAGCACCGUGUGCAUCCCCCGCCUGUGGAGCUGCGACGGAGACGCCGACUGCUCCGACGGCUCCGACGAGUGGCCCCAGAACUGCGGUACGAAGACGCCCAACUCUGCUCCCGCCCAUCAGUGCUCGUCCCUGGAGUUCCGCUGUGGCAACGGAGAGUGCAUCCACGGUAGCUGGAAGUGUGACGGAGGAGCCGACUGCCUGGACCAAUCAGACGAAGCUGAAUGUGCACGUUCCACCUGCCGUCCUGACGAGUUUGAGUGCGGCGAUGGCACGUGCAUCCACGGCAGCCGCCAGUGCAACCAUCAGUAUGACUGCAGGGACAUGAGUGAUGAGGCUGGCUGCGUCAACGCCACCCAAUGUGAGGGCCCGACCAGGUUUAAGUGCCGCAGCGGGGAAUGCAUUAGCAUGGAGAAGGUGUGUGACAAGCAACGUGACUGCAGGGAUUGGUCAGAUGAGCCUCUUAGGGAAUGUGGCUCCAAUGAGUGCCUGUACAACAACGGCGGCUGCUCGCAUAUUUGCAAUGACCUGAGGAUCGGCUACGAGUGCCUGUGUCCUCGUGGAUUUCACCUGGUUGACAAAAAGCGCUGUGAAGAUAUCGAUGAGUGUGCCAACCCGGACACCUGCAGCCAGAUCUGCAUCAACCUGAUUGGCAGUUACAAAUGCCAGUGUGAGGAGGGUUACCAGGUUGACCCGGCAACCAAAGCCUGCAAGGCCAUCGGUACAAUCGCCUACCUUUUCUUCACCAACCGCCACGAAGUCCGAAAGAUGACUUUGGACAAAAGUGAGUACACCAGAGUGAUCCCCCGUCUGAAGAAUGUCGUGGCUCUUGACGUGAACGUGGCCGCCAGAGAGCUCUACUGGUCGGACAUCUCCCAGAAGAAGAUCUACAGAGCUCAGAUGGACUCGGCCGAAGACCCCGCGCAUCACAGCGUAGUGAUCGGUAGCGGCAUCGAUGCCCCUGAAGGCAUCGCUUUCGACUGGAUCCACGGUAACCUGUACUGGACGGACAGCAUUCGCAGCAGCAUCAGCGUGGUAACUGCCGACGGUAGCCGCCGCAAAACUCUCUUCCGCCAAGGCUUGUCCAAACCUCGCGGUAUUGUGGUCGACCCCCACAGGAACUUCAUUUACUGGACCGACUGGGGGAAUCCCGCUAAGAUUGAGAAGGCAGGUCUUAACGGAGGAGACCGCACCGCUCUGGUCACUGACAACAUUGUGUGGCCGAAUGGAAUUACACUCGACCUGGUGAACCAGCGGCUCUACUGGGUGGACUCUAAGCUGCACACCCUCUCCAGUAUCGACGUGCAGGGCGGUGGGAGACGCACCAUCAUCAUGGACGAACACAGGCUGGCUCACCCACUGGGCCUCACUGUGUUUGAGGAUAAAGUGUUCUGGACAGACGUCAGUAACAACGCCAUCCUCAGUGCAAACCGGCUGACGGGUGAAGACAUCACGCCAGUGGCAGAGCACCUGACAUCACCAGAAGACAUUGUUCUCUUCCAUAACCUCAAACAACCUGCUGGGAGGGAUUGGUGCAAGGUAUCCGGCUGUGCAUUCUUGUGUCUGGCAGCUCCUCAAGUGGGCAGACAUCCCCCCAAAUACACCUGCGUCUGUCCCGAUAACAUGAUGUUAGACAGGGAUAUGAGGACGUGUGUACCUGCUGUUCCAACACCUGCAGCUCCCGUGGAGCCUCAUGUUCCAGCAACCGACCCCCCUCGUCGGCCACCAGUGCCAGCCAGCACCACACCUAAGCCCCUAGUCCGCACCACGCCGAAGCCCGUUGUCCGCACCACGCCUAAGCCCCUGGUCCGCACCACCACAGUGCCCGUUGUCAUCACCAGCACUGCAGCCAAGCUGGUGCCACGCACCACCAGGCCUCCUGUAAGGACCACCACACCUGAACUAAGGACCGCGUCACCCCAGCCGGUGAACCCUAAAAUUCCCCAGACCACCACAGAGGCUCCAGUCACCUCUCCAGAUUUUCAUCAUGAAUUUGCUGCAGCGAUCCCCAACCCUGCCUCUGACGCCCCGAUAGCUCUGUACAUCGCAUUACCUCUGGCGAUCGUUUGUCUGGUGGCCGUUGGUGCCGUGCUGCUGUGGAGGAACUACAGGCUGAAGACCACCAACACGAUUCACUUUGACAACCCUGUCUAUCAGAAAACAACUGAGGACCAAGUGCACAUUUGGAGGACCCACAGCCCUGACGGUUACUCCUACCCAAAAAGACAAAUUGUGAGCUUGGAUGAAGAGGCAGACAAUCCAGCCUUCACAGACAACUGAAGCACAUCAAGUAGAGUGGAACGUAGAGCCUCGAUGAUAAGCUACCUUGGACGUCCUGUUGUAUUUUUACCUCACACGGCAUAACGAUAUGGAAGUCAAA